CCACGUGUCAGAACAUGAUCCAAGUGAAGUAGAUUCUCUAGCUAUACAAGUGACAACAAUCCACUCACUUACUUUGGCAAUAACAACAGCAACAAGAGAUAAGUCUUUGUUGUGUGUUUGGUCUGAGAAACAUGGCAUCUUUUGCAACCAUCGCCGCCGUUCAACCAUACUCCGCCGUGAAAGGACUCGGAGGAAGCUCUCUCACCGGAGCUAAGCUCUUCAUCAAGCCUUCUCGCCAAAGCUUCAAACCCAAAUCCACAAGGGCUGGUGCCGUGGUGGCCAAGUAUGGAGACAAAAGUGUUUACUUUGAUUUAGAAGAUUUAGGUAACACAACAGGACAAUGGGAUUUGUAUGGAUCUGAUGCUCCUUCUCCUUACAACCCACUUCAGAGCAAGUUCUUUGAGACAUUUGCUGCUCCUUUCACAAAGAGAGGUUUGCUUCUCAAGUUUUUGAUUCUUGGAGGAGGCUCUUUGCUUACUUAUGUCAGUGCUUCCUCAACUGGCGAUGUUCUUCCUAUCAAGAGAGGUCCUCAAGAGAAGCCUAAGCUCGGUCCUCGCGGCAAGCUUUAAAUUAGCUUUCUAAAUCCCUUGAAAACAUCAGAAACUUUCUUCCCAAGUCUCUGAACUCCUGUUGUUACUGAUCUAUGUAUAUUGUCUUGUGUUAAUUGCUAUGAUGAAUCAAUGAAAAAAAAAAUUUGCAUUUCAA